CCCAGUGUCCCCCAGGGGAGGGAGGGACGGGGGGUGUGUGGGCGGCCAUGUUGUAGCGUACCUCUGUGGUAGACAUAAGGCGGCAGCUACGCUUGUUGCAUAUCUUUGUUAUAGUGUGCCUCACAUAGGCUUCAUGAGGACAUAGUACGCAACACACAGAAAAUGACUCAGUAUUUACCGCCAAAUUUACUGGCGCUGUUUGCGCCAAGAGACCCCAUCCCGUAUCUUCCACCAGUUGACAAGUUGACAUGGGAGAAGAGGACAGAUGGCUACUCUGGUUUAGCUAAUUUAAUACAAAAAUUUGAGGACCCAAAGGACACCCCUCCUCCUACAAGGGUGGAAACUCGAGAAGAGCGACUGGAGCGGAAGCGAAGAGAGAAAGCAGAACAGAUGCAAUACAAAUUAGAACAAGAAAUUGCUUUGUGGGACCCUCACAAUAAUGAAUCUGCGACUGGAGACCCGUAUAAGACCCUCUUUGUUUCCCGGAUCAAUUAUGAUACAUCGGAGUCUAAACUAAGAAGAGAAUUUGAAAUUUAUGGCCCAAUUAAAAAGAUUGUUAUGGUUCACAACAUUAAGACUGGAAAGCCUCGGGGAUAUGCGUUUAUAGAGUAUGAACAUGAGCGAGACAUGCACUGUGAGUACCCAAAAAUAUGCAAUGCCCAACCAUGCACACUCAAAACAAAAUCAACAGCAGAAUUUGUGUCUAAGUUUUUAUUAUAAUUUUUAUUCAUUAUU